AUGUCGCGCCGGGUGUUUGCGCGGAACAUGAGCGGCGAGAUCUCGUCCACGUGGCGCGGCGGCGGCUCGGAGGCCAACACGAUGGGCGUCAACGUCGUCACGUUCGGCGCCACCGGGAUCUUAGGCAUGCACGUCCACCACCUCUGCUGCUACCACGGCUUCACCAGCAUCCUGCCCUUUCGCUUCCGCGCCGGCCUUGCGAGCGGGGUGCGGACGCUGCGCAUGGCCGGCGACGGCACCGUCGGGCAGAACUUCGACACCGACUACGAGAUCGACAAGGAGUUCGUCGUGAAGUCCAUCUUAGAGAAGGUCGACAACGUCGUUAACGUCGUCGGCGCCUGGCAGGAGCCGGCCGUGUACGAGAACAGCCAGUCGUGGUUCUCGAUGGAGGCGAUCAACGUGGAGUGGCCGCGCAUGCUGGCGCGCUGGUGCCGCGAGUUGGGCAUCCUCCGCCUCACGCACAUGUCGAUGGUCGGCGCGGACCUAAACAGCCCCUCGAAGCUGCUCCGCCAGAAGCGUGCGGCGGAGCUGGCGGUGCUCGAGGAGUUUCCCACAGCCACCAUCAUCCGCGGAACAGACAUCUUUGCCGAGAACGACUUCAGCUACUCCAAGUACCUCAAGGCCCAGCGCUUGCUGAAGAUUGUGCCGGUCCCAAACCACGGCCAGCGCAUCCACCAGCCCGUCUUCGCCGGCGACUUAGCAGAGGCUGCGUGCCGCUCCAUUCUCCUCGAUCACACGGAGGGGCGCAUCGCAGAGUUGGGGGGACCGGUGCGGUUCACAACGAACGACCUGUUGCGCUGGUGUUCGGAGUGCAAUGGCCAGCUGCACCUGACGUGGCACAUGCCGACUUGGAUGUGGCGUAUUGGGUGUGCGCUGAACGAGCGGCUUCCGCUGCAUCAGGGCUUUGCCUUGGGCACGCGGGCACCGGCGUGGAACAAGGACUGGCUUGAUCGCCAGUUUCUUGACAACUGCGCCACUCCGGAGCGUGAUCCAGACAUGUUAGACUGGGAGGAUUUUGGCAUUCCCCGCGAGGAUCUGUACAGAAUGGAGGAGAAGUACUUUAUUACUUCGACGAUGUGGUCGAAGGAUGCGCCGUACCUGGACUUCGCCACGCGCAUGUAG